AGGGCUGCUGCGCCCCUUCUCUCUCUCUCUAUUUCUCCCUCUCUCUUUCUCUCUUGCGUUUUUCUGGGAGGAUCCGCGGCGAGGAGCCCCACCUGGAGUCUCCCUCUGGCUCCUCCUCCUUGGAUCAGAGACGGAGCCUGGCUCCCAAACGGCAGAGCCCGACUCCAAGGAAGCAGCGGCAGCAGCAGUUCCCGGGCCAAGUCCCUCCGAGGCGGGUUUCCCCUCUUUCCUUUUGGAGAGCAGAACAUGGCUUUCGGGAAGAGCCAGAAGGACCCCUUCGGCACCGCCGUGGGACACCUGAUCGAAAAGGCUACAUUUGGAGGACUACAGACAGAAGAGUGGGGUCAGUUCAUGCAUAUCUGUGACAUCAUCAACUCAACAGCACAAGGGCCAAAGGAUGCCAUCAGAGCUUUAAGGAAAAAGCUGUCCAAAAACUGCAAUCAUGUUGAGAUCCGUCUUACCCUGUCGCUCCUUGAGAUGUGCAUGCAGAACUGUGGUCCGCAUUUCAAGUCUCUGGUUGUAAGAAGGGAAUUCUGCAGAGACAGAUUAGUGAAGCUGUUGAAUCCAAGAUAUAACCUGCCGGUUGAUCUCCAAGAGAAGAUCUUGACCUUUAUCAUGACCUGGGCCAGAGGAUUCCAAGGUGUUGUGGAUGUAAGUGAAGUCAAAGAAGUUUACUUGGAUCUUCUAAAGAAAGGUGUUGAGUUUCCAUCCUCUGAGAUCAACAAGCAGCCCUCAAAGCCUCAGACUGAAAUGAAGGUAUCUAAUGGUACUUGUGUGAAAGGUUUUUCGGGAUCCCUCCCUCCCAGUGCAAUAAUGACGCUGAUUCCAGAACAGGUUGGAAAGCUGUACAGUGAACUGGAUAUGGUUAAAAUGAAUGUGAGGGUCAUGUCGGCCAUACUGAAGGAAAAUGUCCCAGGCUCUGAAAAUCCAGAUGACAUGGAAUUACUGCAGAAGCUGUACAAGACAUGCCGGGUAAUGCAAGAGAGAAUAAUGGAAUUGCUAGCAACUGUGCAGAAUGAAGAUGUAAUCACUGAACUCAUACAAGUGAAUGAAAAUCUGAAUAACGUCUUACUGGGUCAUGAGAGGUUCUCUCGAAACAGAGUACGUUUUUUGGAGAAUCAGAGGAUUCAGAAUGAACGUACAGCGGUCGAUGACACCCAGCCGUCUGCUCCUUCGUGUGAUUUGCUGGAUCUUGAGUCUAGUGUUCCUGCUAUUCUGCCAAAGCCUGGGGGAGCUGGCCCAGUGACUCCUCAGCUGUCAGAACUAAAUUGCCAGUCACAAAGUGCUGCUGGUCCAAGCCCUCAUCCCACCCAGCUACCACUUUACCCUCAAUUAUCUUCACUUCCUACUACAAAUCCAUCACAGUCUUUGUUUAUAACAGAAGCACAAAAUACACACCAAAGCUUUGCGGGUGGCCAAACCUAUGUCAAUGUGAACACAUAUUUAAAUACAGUGCCUUUGUAUCCAGUAAGCCUUCAGAGUAAUGGUUCGAGAGAUACACAACCAACAGAUACAUCAAAAAUCAACCCACCACCUCCUAAUUAUUAUGAACUCAUGGAAUUUGAUCCUUUGGCUUCCAGUGAAAAGCCAGAACCUAUUUAUGAAGAAAUCGAUGCACAUCUCUUCAAAGCAAGUGUUAAAAAUAACAGCAGUUGCUAGAAGCAGAAGCCCAAGAAAACAACAUACCUUUACCAACAUUAAAGACUGUUUUUCUGGCAUGCAACAUGCCAGCUAAGGAAAAGACAAUUAGUGGACAGGUAGAGAAAAAUUAGAUUCAUCAAUCAGCUUGGAAGCCACCUAAAACAUCAGCCCUACCUACUCUGCCUUAAAUGCAUUACAUUGGGUCCAUCUGGCCUUUAAGGACACAAGGUUCUACUUGUACAUACUUUGGGUCAAAGUCUACAACUUAUUUAGGGUCCUUUUUUUGUGUGUGUGUGGGGGGGGGGGAUCUUGUAAGUAACAUAAGAUCCAGGUCAUAAGCAUGACUGUGCUUGAAUAAGGUACAUUUAUUUCACAAUAUAUUCAUUUUAAUAGCAAGUGAAUAAUUUUUGAAAGAAAUAUAUUAAAGAGUCAGAACAGGAAGUUAGUAAUGUAUAACGGGAUUGGCAUCAGAUGUGCUUUAAAGACUGAAUUAAGGAUGAGCAAUUACACAUCUGAGUCCAAAGCAUCAGCUGCCUUCAUAGUUGGUGAUUCAAGAGAUAGGAGUAUUGCAGGAUAACUAUGACCACAGGACCUGUUAACGGUGUUCUUCGCAGGAUGGAUUUUGCCCAGUCUCAGGAAUGAUACAUUUGUGGCACCCCAACUGUUGUUGGAUUGCAGCUGCUCACUUGCAGCAGUGGGAUCACAUAUUCCUUGUCCCUAUUCUACAGUAUAUCCACCUCAUGAUAUUAAUUGAUAGCCCUGUAUGUAGAAUUCUUGUUUCUUGAAAAUGUUUUUGCCCUAUGAUUAAUCUCUACAGCACUUUCCUGUAAACCUAUUUAAUACGCUAAUUAUCCUGAAUGUGUCCAAUUAGUUCCAAAGCAAAGAGAAAGAUAAUCACCAAGAACCUACAAAGAGAUGUUGUAAUUGUGCGUCUUGUUCCACUUCUGUCUUGCCAGCCUUUUGAACUCCUGUUCUGGAUAAAUGUGUUUUCCCUUAAAGGGGAGUCAAAUACCAGACACAUUCCACAAAGGUCCUAAUAGGUAUAGCUAUUCCCCGUGAGGCUCUUUUCUAUUUGGAGUAACUAUAGUAAGGCACUAACGGAGUCAGUGGAACAGGAAAAACCAUGAACACACUACCACUGUGGUACUUUGGGGAUGACUUCUCCCUAACUUCUGUUAUUGCUUUUCCAUGUCUCCAGCCACUGAGGUUGUAUUUCAGCGAUCAUGCAUACUUACUUAGUCAUAGAAUUACAGAACAUUUAAAGUGUGACUGGAAGUGCCUUUUUUCUGAUUAAAAGUACAAUAUGCACUUUUCUUAAGAGUGUGCCUGAAAUUUAGGUUAAAAUUGUCAUUAACAAUUAACCACUCAGAUCAAUGCUUAGUGCUGGAAAUUGGUACCUUAAGUGUGACUUUUGUUUAAUGUUUAAAUAUGUUUCAUAACAGCUAUGCUUUUUUAUAAUCCAAGUAAACAAUCUGAAAUUGAAAA